AUGAUGCUGACAGCAACGGCUGCGAAUAGCGGUAGCGGAGGUGGUCGUUUGCGUGGUGCAUGGUGGUGCGACAAGUGCAUUGCUCUUCUCUCCGCUCCUGACGUCGGAAUUGGCAAUCUCUUUGCUCUGCUGCGUCAAUGGACGCCCUCAACUCAGCUCCAGUUGGACACAAUCGUUAUGGAGAUUCUAAAACGCGGUGCUCACGUGGAUGACAGAGAUGGAACGACUGAUAUGACUCUUCUCCAUUACACUGCAAAAUCCGGUGCUCUUGGGAACGAGGAUCUUGCUUGCAAUGCAAACAGAAUUGCCCGGUACGAUUUUGCUGGAAGCCAAGUAAAUAUUGUGCUCGACACGACUCGAAGAAUCGCAGACUUCCUGCUGGAUCAAGGGGCAUGUCUGGAAGCACGCUCGGGUUGGGGGGACAUGACACCCCUCCACCUCGCUGCAUACUUCGACUGCCCGCGGGUGGCGCAACUCCUACUGGCACGCGGAGCCGACCCACUGGUCCGUUCGGCGGCCCUUGAAGGCGCCACGCCACUGCACCUCGCUGCGGCGCAGCUCUCUCUCGGUUCCGCGCGCCUCCUCGCUCGAUUACCGCUCGCUCUUGCUCCGCGCAACAAUGGUCUCGACUCAGAUGCCGCCGCCGCCGCCGAUUUUGCACCGCUUGACUCACCACUCAUGUGCAAGGAUGCGCUGGAUGCAGCACUUCGAACGCCCUAUGUGAAAGGACUCAAGUUGUGUUGCUGCUUGUAUUCUAUCCAGCUGGAUUUUCUGGGCGCAGGCUGCACUGCCUCGUCAGGUUACCGCGUGUUGCCAACAGCAACACAGCACCUGCUUCAGGGUUAUUUGGGUAGCGAGAUCCACUCGCCCACACCCCAGCGCUCUCGUUCCACUGUAAGUCCAAUAACGGGCGACCUGCUUGCUCCAAAUCGGUCUAGGAGUCCUGGGGGUUCUCUGCUUCUUGGCCUCCUUGCGCCGGCAUGCAGUGCCACUGAAGUUGCCGCUCCUAUGCCUGCCGAAACGGGAGUCCUAUCGCCUCGAAGACCACGUAGGGCGACUGUUGCAUCCACGGAACCGAAUACCCCCUUUGCAUCACCGGCGCGGACUCGUGGAUUGAAUAUUUCACCGCCUCCGCCGCCUCCUCCUCUAUCACUGACAGUUUCUUCCGCCACCGUUACCCCCGUCAAUCACUCCCUUCCCUCCACCUCUACUGUGUCUGCCAAGGUCACAUUACGCGCAAUGGGACUGGCUUUGGGCGACCGAGUUUGUGUUGGACCUGGUGGCGGUAGUAGUGAGGCGUCAGCAAAAUUUUCCGCUACAGCAGCUGCCACUAGUGGGCGAAUGGGUCGACUGAGGUACUGUGGACCGGUGGAAUUCGCAUCUGGGGUAUGGGUCGGCAUUGAAUUGGAUGAGGCUUAUGGAAAAGACAAUGGCUCGGUCAAUGGGGUAUCCUACUUUGAAUGCGCCCCCAACCACGGUAUUUUUGCACCUAUCGGUCGAGUGUACAAGGUCAGUCGGACAAAUGGACAGAUCCGUCCCUGUUUUGUGGAGGCCAACGGGAGGCGUUCCACUCCGACGCCGUUGCAAAAUAUCCCUGUUGAUGUCUCCCAUGUUAGUGCCAAAGUCGACACUGGUUUGCACAAGCCGUCCGCAACAGAGGAUUUUAAAAUUGGCGACAGAGUUCUGGUUGCGGGUCUUCGACGUGGAACCAUCCGUUAUGUCGGUGAAACACAAUUUGCACCUGCACAUUCUCUGAGUUUCUUCCUUCGUUUUAAUCGCAGACUUCCACCACGCAAUCGAUCCUCGGAUCUUGCCAGCAACAACGAUAUGAGCCAGUCUGUGCAUGCGGACUUUCUGCCCGACUGCCAGCGUCGCCAUCCUGUAACCCCGGAGUGUACACGCCGGUCCGACCUCGUCUUUGGUGACAACUACGCAUCUCUGGGACGUCCACGACCUUCCACCGCUUCUGUGAGGGCCUUAACUGCUACCAAAGGUGGUCGUGGAUGGACCUCAAGUGCUGCCGAGGAAUUUUAUUUGCAGGUUGGCAUGCAGGUGCUAUGCACGGGAGAACUUGGAACCCUUCGCUACAUCGGGCCCGUAGACUUUACUGACGGCUUAUGGUUAGGCGUGGAGCUACGCGGACCGCAUGGUCGACAUGAUGGUGCGGUUGCGGGCCGCCGCUACUUUAACUGUGCCCCCAAUCACGGUGUUUUGGUGCGACCUUCACGGGUGACCUUCAGGGGUAUCAAUGCGGCCAAACUAUUGCCCCCGGGCAUGGUGACGACCUUCGAAAAGCCUCACAACAAGGCAAUGGAUACGAGGUCUAUCCAAAGUCAUCCAUGA